UAGACAAUUACAUAAUAUCUGCUUGUUUGAAGUUUCAUUGCUAAUUUAUAUUAGAUACUGAAAACUAAGCAAAGUGGAAUAAGAGUUCCUUUUGAUUGUGCAACAAUAUUUAUUUUGCUUUUCUACAAUAUUGGAUCACAUUUUCUGUAAAAUUGCCAAGUGUUUUCAAAUUGACUUUAUUUUGGACACCAAUACUGCUUGGCUGCUCACAUAAACGAAAGAGAAUUAUCUGAGACACACUGCUUUGUAACAAUGACAUCAUAUUUUUAUAUUUUGCUUGUACAGUGAAUCUAGCAGUUGUUAGGAUUUGAGUUGAUUGCUUUAUUGCCAUUGACAUUUCAUAAACAAGAUUUGCUACCAGUUCAGAGAUUCAUACACCCUGUGUCAUGUUGACAAAAUUUUAAAUGACUAUGAUUAGACAGUAAAACUGUUUUGACAAGUCUCUGUGAUCAAGACAAGAUUAGCACAUGCCCCAGCUACAUGUACAGAUGGAUCUGAUGCAUUCAUAGUGUGUUGAAUGAGACCUUCUUUACACUGACAUGUUUCUAUAAAUCUUCAUAGAUUAUACAAUAGGUUUUAUCUUGGAAUGUUAUUACACAAAUUUUCAAUGGUUUAUUUACAUGGAACAACAUCAAAUUAUAUUUUCACCAAAACAUGUUAAAUCUAAGUGUUUGUAUUCUUUGAAUAUAUGUAUCUGCAGUACUUUUUUAGCUGCAGUAAUUUAAUACAUAACCCUCCAUGAUAUUUAACAGAAUCAAAAAUACCACUUUAUGAACUUUGUUGUUUGUCUGAACCAUUUUGAUUAAACUUGAAAGCAAAUCUUGGAAACAACAAGAUGGAGUGGAAAAAAAACAUCUUAGCAACAGUGGAUCAACAUGGGACUGGAAAACCUCCAAUGUUUGGUGAUUAUGAAGCUCAGAGGCACUGGAUGGAAAUUACAUUCCACUUACCUCCACACAAGUGGUAUUUUAAUGGCACUGACAACAAUUUAUUGUAUUGGGGAUUGGAUUAUCCCCCUUUGACUGCCUAUCAUAGCUGGCUAUGUGGUGUAGUUGCUAACAAAAUAAAUCCUUCGUGGGUUGCUUUAAAAGAUUCCCAUGGACACGAGAGCUACACCCAUAAAUUGUUCAUGAGAUAUACUGUGUUGUUGGCAGAUGUUGCUAUAUUUUUUCCGGCUGUCAUUUUAUUCUUUAUUCAACAAAGACUACAAUCACAAGAAAAGGUGAAGUUGUCUUUGGUUGUUCUGCUGUAUCCUGGGUUUCUUUUGAUUGACCAUGGACAUUUUCAAUACAAUUGUGUCAGUCUGGGAUUAGCCUUGUUUGGAGUGGUCUGGAUUUCCCGGGGAUUCCAUUCCUGGGGCUCCAUCUGCUUCUCUCUAGCCUUGAACUACAAACAAAUGGAGCUGUACCAUGCACUGCCAUUCUUCUGUUAUCUUCUGGGGUGGUGCCUUCAGAAAUGGGCAAGGUUACCACAUUUGUUUACAAUUGCUGCAACAGUGCUGUCAACAUUCAUGGUGUGCUGGUUGCCCUUUUUAAGAUCUAAGGAAAGUGUCUUACAAGUUGUUCACAGAGUGUUCCCUUUGGCAAGAGGACUGUACGAGGAUAAAGUUGCGAAUGUGUGGUGCAGUUUGUCAGUCCUAAUCAAGUUUAAGCAGAUGUUUACUGUGGAUCAGUUGGUUCUAAUAUGCCUUCUAACUACACUUGUGUUGUUGUUGCCAUCUUCAGUACACCUGCUGUGUGUUCCCACAAUUAGAAAUUUCCGAUUAGCUCUAGUCAAUUCCUCUCUGGUUUUCUUUCUUUUUUCCUUCCAUGUCCAUGAGAAAUCCAUUCUUUUGCCAGCGUUGGCAGUAUCACUACUUGUUCAUGAGCAUCCAUUUUGGUGUGUUUGGUUUUAUAUCAUAUCGAUAUUUAGCAUGCUUCCACUGUUUAUGAAAGACAACUUAGUUGUGGCAGCUGUUGCUACUACAGCCCUACAUUGUAUGGUUUGUGGAACAUGUCUCACUUUAACCAACAGAAAAAGUGAUCAACUGUGGGACAGAGUCCAAACUGUAAUGAUGAAGUUAUCCAUUUUUGGUGCCUUUUGUCUUACAGUGGCUAGUCUUUCUCUGACGCCUCCCACCAGAUAUCCCGAUCUGUUUCCUGUCCUUAUAUCGGUUUAUUCUUGUGCUCAUUUUGUACUCUUUUUGAUUGUUUCUCACAUUCUUCAAUUUCAAUCACAAACUACAGGUAUCAAAAUAAAGAAGAUUCAAUAAU